AGCGAUAGGACAAGGGGGAAUGGUUUUAAACUGAGACGGGGGAGGUUUAGGUUGGAUAUUAGCAGGAAACACAGAUGGGCUGCGGUGCACAUUUGGACGGGGCCGCGGGCCGGCUGUGACCCGCAGGGCUGUGGGAGCACACAGCGAUGGCUCCGAGAUAGCAAUCUGCCGCCAGCUGUGAUGCAUCCAGGCGCAUCCCGACCCAUCCCGGGGACAGCAGCGCACGGUUCCUCCUCUGGGUGAGCUGCUGUCCCAGGGCGCUCCUGCACGCGGCCUUCUGUUUCCGUGCUCGGGUGGCAGAAGGGGGAAGCGAAGGGAUGCUGCCCCAGGAGUCAGCUGUACCCCUGGUAGCAUCACACCUUCAUAGAGCAACCGUGCCUGGCUGCCAGAGAGCUCCUCAUCGUUAAGCUUCUAAUUGUAACCUUGGUAAAAUGAGCGUCAGUCUCCCGUCGAGCCACACUUAGCAGCUACAAAUAAAGGCUCCCUGCCACCAUUUUAUUUCUGGCGUUGUCGCAGUGCUGCGGAAUUCACCUGUCCUCCUUGGGCUCUGGGUUCCUUGGGGCCUUCCUUGGUGCAGCCCUGGGGGUCUCAGUUCCAGGACCUGAAGGGCAGCUGGGAGCACUCGGUGCUUCUCCUGAAGGGGGUGCUGCUGGCUGCCCCCAGCCCCGCUGCUUGGGGGGCUCUAGGGGAGCUGGGGGGAGCUGAAGGACCCAGAGGGGGGGAUCCUGUGAUUUGGUGCCUCUCUGUUUUUGGGUUUCUCUCGUCUUUUUUCUUGUUGGGCAUGAGCAUUACAAAGCGUAUCCUAAUGGCACGUGCUGAUCUGAGCUCCCUCUGUAACCCGCCUGGUCGCACCUGAAUGUUCAAAGCUGUCGUCAGAUUGCAGGUUAAUAGGCUGCACUGGAAGAGGCGCCUGCAAAGUUACUGCUGGAGGGCACAGACGUGAACGCGAGGCACCGGCUCGGCUGGACGGCUCUGAUGGUGGCAGCCAUCAGCAGGAAUUCCAGCGUGGUGAAGGUCCUGCUCGCAGCCGGCGCGGAUCCGAACCUCGGCGACGACUUCAGCAGCGUGUACGAGACCGCCAAGGAGAAAGGCCUCCAUUCUUUGGAAGUCCUUGUGACCCGCGAGGACGAGUUCAACAACCGCCUGAACGUCCGCGCCAGCUUCCGCGGCUGCACGGCCCUGCACUACGCCGUGCUGGCCGACGACUUCCUGAGCGUCAGGAUGCUGCUGGACGCAGGUGCCAACCCCCUGCAGAAGAACGAGAUGGGCCACACGCCGCUGGACUACGCCCGCGAAGGGGAAGUGAUGAAGCUCCUGAAGGCGUCGGAGGCGAAGUUCCAGGAGGAGCAGCGGCGCCGGGAGAUCGAGGAGCGCCGCCGGUUCCCGCUGGAGCAGCGGCUCAAGGAGCACAUCAUCGGCCAGGAGAGCGCCAUAGCCACGGUGGGAGCAGCAAUUCGGAGGAAGGAGAACGGCUGGUACGACGAGGAGCACCCGCUGGUCUUCCUCUUCUUGGGAUCAUCCGGGAUAGGUAAAACAGAGCUGGCCAAGCAGACGGCCAAGUACAUCCACAAGGAUGUGAAGAAGGGUUUCAUCAGGCUGGACAUGUCGGAGUUCCAGGAGAGGCACGAGGUGGCCAAGUUCAUCGGCUCCCCGCCGGGCUACGUGGGCCACGAGGAGGGCGGGCAGCUCACCAAGAAGCUGCGGCAGUGCCCCAACGCCGUGGUGCUCUUCGACGAGGUGGACAAAGCCCACCCGGACGUGCUCACCAUCAUGCUGCAGCUCUUCGACGAGGGCAGGCUGACGGACGGCAAAGGGAAAACCAUUGACUGCAGGGAUGCCAUCUUCAUCAUGACCUCCAACGUGGCGAGCGACGAGAUCGCGCAGCACGCCCUGCAGCUCCGGCAGGAGGCCGUGGAGAUGAGCAAGAAAAGGCUCGCAGAAAACUUAGAGGACGUCCAGGUGACCGACAAGAUCACCAUCUCCAAGCAGUUCAAGGAGAAGGUCAUCCGCCCCAUUUUAAAGGCGCACUUCAGGCGGGACGAGUUCCUGGGCAGGAUCAACGAGAUCGUCUAUUUCCUCCCGUUCUGCCACUCGGAGCUCAUCCAGCUCGUCAACAAGGAGCUCAGCUUCUGGGCCAAGAAGGCCAAAGCACGGCACAACAUCACGCUGCUGUGGGACCGCGAGGUGCUGGACGUGCUGGCCGACGGCUACAACCUGCACUACGGCGCCAGGUCCAUCAAGCACGAGGUGGAGCGGCGCGUGGUCAACCAGUUGGCGGCCGCCUACGAGCAGGACCUGCUGCCGCGGGGCUGCACCCUGCGCGUGGCCGUGGAGGACUCGGACAAGCAGCUGCUGAAAACCCGAGAGAGCCCUUCCCCCGGAGCGGAGGAGAAAAGGAAAGGGCCCACGCUGCGCUUGGAGAUCGUGGAGAAGGACAGCAAGGCCCGCAAGCUGGACAUCCAGGCGCCGCUGAACCCGGAGAACAUGGCUUAUUUCUUGUAGGCGCUCCUGGAGCACGGCGCCGCGCGGGGCCACCUGGACCCCCUCCCCCCCCCACAAUGGGAGUCAGUGGGACAGGAGGGCAGCGCCAGUCCCCAGUGCUGGGAGAGGGGGGGGGGGACGGCACCGGGGCUUCUGGGGUGAAGGGGAAAUUCGGGGCGCGCUGGGGGAUGCGGGACGGGGGCUGCGGGUGAUGGCUGUGGGGGUUUCGCUUUGAUGGAUGGCAAUAAAGGCAGCGUGCACACUGCG